AUGAAGGCGAUUGCGCGUAGCUAUGUGUUUUGGCCGUCGUUAAAUGAAGACAUCAUCGAUCUCGUCAGUAAUUGCCAUUCAUGUGCUCUGGCAGCAAAAUCUCCUGCUCAUGCUGAUCCUUUGCCGUGGCCGAAGACAACAACGCCAUGGGAGCGUGUCCAUGUGGACUACGCGGGCCCAAUAGAUGGAGACUAUUUUUUGGUAGUAGUCGAUGCGCAUACUAAGUGGCCAGAGAUCAUCCGGACGGCUAGUAUCACAGCCCGCAUAACCGUUAGCAUCUUGAGAGGGUUGUUCGCGCGUUUCGGUAUGCCCACGACACUGGUGAGCGACAAUGGCACACAAUUCACCAGCGGUGAGUUUUCAGAGUUCUGUUUGAGUAAUGGUGUGCAUCACAUUACGUCUGCCCCGUUUCAUCCGCAAUCAAACGGGCAGGCAGAAAGAUUCGUAGAUACGUUUAAGCGCUCGUUAACCAAGAUAAGAGUAGGAGGAGCACCGCUGCAGGAAGCACUGGACCUAUUCCUACAGACAUAUCGAACCACGCCAAACCCUCAGUUAGAGCAAAACAAAACACCUGCUGAAGUUAUGUUUGGACGACCUAUACGAACGUGUUUUGAUUUACUCCGUCCCCCAAGGAAAAUUCAACAUGAUUUUAGAGAAGGGAAUGAAAGAUCGUUCGAGCGUGAUGACCUUGUCUAUGCUAAGGCGUAUAGUAGGAACAAUUGGCAUUGGGUUCCAGGAAGAGUGAUUCGGAAACGUGGAAAUGUUACCUACGAGGUACUGACUGGUCAUCGCAGCGUCAUUAGACACAUUAAUCAACUGAAAAGGCGUGGACCAUUAAACAGCCAGGGUCCCAUGACGGAACGUUUCAAUCCAUUACCGUUGGAUGUAUUAUUGGAUUCCUGGAGCAUACCCGUUACACCAUCAGUGCUCCCAGAUGUUUAUCCAACACAACUUGCACCGCCAGUGACGACUCCAACUGAGCCGCCAUCUCUUCCCCCACAUCGAUCCAUUCCUCAGCAUCAACGUUCACCACGUCGCUCUUCUCGGUCUAGAAGAGCUCCACGUCGGUUCGAUCCGUACCUACGCUAUUAAAAAGGGGGAGAUGUUGUGGUCACGAAGUGGAAGGCUCCCUACAUUCGGCGUUAAGGACGUAUGCAGUCACUGAGUGACUGAUGAGCGGUUAGCAGACGAGAGAGCGCCAGACGCUCGUGGGACACCGUCGGGAACACAAGGGCUGAUCGUGUAAUAAAGUAUUGUGUAUUGUUUAUUA